AUAUCAUAAAAUGAGGUCCGCUCCACUUUCGUCCGAUAAGUCGUCGUCGUCUUCCUCGUCGUCUUCUUCUUCACUGUCUUUUUUGUCAAUUCAAAAAAUGAUUAAACUCUGGUCAGCUAUUGACCAGAUAACACCCAGAGUUAAUGCUGAUGGUCAUGAGCGUCCUAAUCCUUUCGAGGUACAAUCAUCUCAUUCACCGCGCUCAUCCAGCAAUGGUCUUGCAACUCCAACUAUAACUUCACCAGCCUUUUCAAUUCAUCACCAUUUACUGGGAACUGGCUCUCCCUCUCUUACCACGGCGAACGCCGAUCUCACGCCGCCAGGUCCUAUAACACCUCUAUCCGGUGCCUUUGCCGCUCGUAUCCCUACAACCCAAAUUUCCCUUCAUGCACCGGAUUUUUCAAUGCGUAACACUAAAAAAUUACCCAACCUCUCAGAUUCAAUGGAGAAUAAAUCCAAUACGCCAUCGUCAUCGUCCCCCUCGACUAGGACUUCCUCAAUCGCAUCUACCUCAACCGCUCCUCCCCACUCAACCGGCGGUACAUCAAAGGGUCAGAUCCACGUCAAGCUCAUAUCUGCCCGCGGUCUUAAUGUCACAUCCGUACGCUCACGACCUUAUGUCGUCGUUCAAUUCGAGCAAAACGAGUUCGUAAGUCGUGAUCCCACCGACGAAAUGGACAAGGAGGUCAAGGGAACUGCGACCGCUCUCUCUCGCGCUUCCUCCUCUAUUGCUCUCUCAGCUCUCUCAUCUAUCGGCGUUCCUCGUCCACCAGGCAAGCCUAGUCCCGGAAAUUCCCCCUCUUCAUCUCUUUCGUGCAAUCAACCUUCCCCAACCAACCAACCUUCUACAACUCAAGGCCUUUUUGGUCGCUUAUCCGCACAUAAUCCCGUGUGGAAACACGAGGUGUCAUUCGACGUUACGUCCGAAGAAUCCCUUGUUUCAUUUAACCUGUAUGACCGUGUCGCGGACCAUCUAUUUCUCGGCACUGUACAAAUCAAGCCAGUCCUCAUUCAUGACCAUACAGUUGAUCAAUGGUACAAGCUUCGGCCGUUCGAAAACGAAGUAAUAAGCGGAGAAAUGCGGGUACAGAUCACAUUCGAGCAAUACAAGACUAAACGUGCGCUUACACCACGCGACUUUGAGUUCCUCAAGUUGAUCGGACGCGGUACCUUUGGCAAGGUUUUCCAAGUCCGGAAACGCGAUACAAAGCGAAUUUAUGCUAUGAAAGUUCUAUCAAAGAGGGAAAUUGUUGCCAAGAAGGAGGUCGCUCACACGAUCGGAGAGCGAAAGAUCCUACAACGUUCUCUAGAAUCACCAUUCCUCGUUGGCCUCAAAUUCAGUUUCCAGACGGAUACAGACUUGUACUUGAUAACGGACUUCAAGAGCGGUGGCGAGCUGUUCUGGCACCUCCAGAAAGAAACACGUUUCUCCGAAGAACGGGCCCGAUUUUAUAUCGCGGAGCUGGUUCUAGCCCUGGAGCAUCUGCAUAGAUACAACAUUGUUUAUCGGGAUCUCAAGCCGGAAAAUAUCCUUCUUGACGCCACUGGCCAUGUCGCCCUCUGCGAUUUUGGGUUAUCAAAGGCGGAUCUACGGUCCGACGAGCUCACCACGACAUUUUGUGGCACAACCGAGUACCUCGCCCCUGAAGUGCUUUUGGACGAGCAUGGAUAUAGCAAACUUGUCGACUUUUGGUCACUGGGCGUACUCCUCUUCGAGAUGUGCUGCGGCUGGAGUCCAUUUUAUGCCGAAGACACACAGCAAAUGUACAAGAACAUUUGUUUUGGGAAGAUUCGGUUCCCGAGAAACGUUAUCAGCGAAGACGGCAAGAUGUUUGUGAAGGGGCUUUUAAACCGAAAUCCUAAACAUCGCUUGGGGGCACAACGUGAUGCCGCGGAACUGAAAGAACACCCGUUCUUCUCAUGUAUAGAUUGGAAAGCUCUUCUCCUCAAGCAGGUGACGCCACCGUUUAAACCCGUCGUAGAGUCGGAUGAGUCGACUGCGAACUUCGAUCCAGAGUUCACCACUGCUGAUAUCAAAGAGGUUGGUGGUGGUCUCGACGGGCAUGGAAGUCCGGACGAAGAAGAUCCUAGCGAAGAAUGGACACAAAUGCAGUGUGGCUUGCCAGGAUCGCACAUGCCGAACGGACCACUGGGUAGUGACCGUCAUGUCAAUGGCGUAAAUCCAAAUGGUUCAGUGCCCCCCCCCUCUUCCUUACUUAAUGGAAAUGGCGCGGGACGUGCCAUCAAGAUUGGAUCGCGGAAGAAGCAAGAUGUGGCAGGGUCGCCGCUGACGAACAGCGUUCAAGAGAAUUUCCGCGGGUUCACGUAUUCUGGAGGCGAAAGUGUGGUGAUGCAGGCCAUCAUGGGUAGAGAACCUGAUGACGAUGAGGAUGAGGCAGUGGCCGAUGAAGAGGUCGCAGAGGUGACCACAGAAGACGAGUUCGAAGACAGGGAGAGUUUCGCGGGACGGUACUCGAACCGAAGAAGAGGAAUCGAUGAAGAUAUAGCUGUAUGAUGUAUUAGCUGCGCACGCCGUCCAAGGCGGUCGGCGCCUCGCGGAGCUUUUAUUCCAUCCGGACGAAUUUGGACCUUUGCAUUAUUUGGUGCAUGUGCUCACCGCUUGAGGUACUAUGCCUCCCAUUACUACUUAUCUGAUUUAAUCGCAUAUUUGUUCUCGCCACCCUUCCCCAUGCAAUUCCCCCCCUUUUCUCAUAUCCUCUUUAUGGAGCAUGUUAUAUAUCUCUUGUUUCGAGUCGAACACAAGAUUGUCCAUCGUGGAUUGUUUUUACCUGCUUCUGUUAUCGCUGUUGUUCUAUAGUAUAACGUACCCCAUUUUAAAGGAGUUGUAAUAAUUCAUGUGGCCUGUAUCCCUUU